AUGUCGAUGCAGAGAACAAGUUUAGAAUUCAUACCAGAGCUGAAUUUAUUGAACGAAGAAGAAGCUCAAACACAAGCAAGAAAGAAUCGCAAGAUUGUGCAGCACGAAAUUUCCAUGAAACUCGCCAUGAAAGGUACAGAAUCAAGCUUUUCAAGCGGAGCGGAAGCCGGAGAUCAGAGCCGAAGCUCUGAUACCAUGAUAACUAUAGAGAAGAAGAAGUGUUGA